CACUAAGCUUUUUGGGGCCAGGAAUUUCACCUUGUGCCAGCUCCAACGCCAUUUCCUAGUAUGACGAUGACUCGAGUCGUAACAUAUCGACCACCAACAACAAAAGUCCAGUUCGUGUCCUUUUCUGAUCUGACAGCGCCGGGGAUGACCGCCCUCAGAGCCCAGCCAGUGCGGAAUCCGAGAUACAUCGAGCUUCCUGGACCUUUCCGACGCGCUCGCGCAUUUGUUGGCCGUCGCACUUCAAUUCGCGCACUGGCCUUCACCGCGCUGCCCACCUCACCUUGCCGGGACGCAUCCCAGGCUGACACCAAACACCACCCACUAACGUCCUCGCAGCCAACGCGAGAUAGAGAGAAGCCUCGCUGGUAGACUCGCGCGACCCGAAGGUCUGGAGGCGGGUUGGCAAGGACUGGAUAUAAAAGUCCCGCUCCCAGCGCGUCUCCUACCACCAACUACGCCAUGGCGGGCUCGCAGGCAGGCCCCAAGACGGCCAACGGCGUGCUUCCCGCACCCCAGGCAAAGCCGCAUCCCCAGGCCUGCGCGGGUGCAUCUUCCAGGUCUGGCAAAGGCAAGACGCCCGUCGAGGGCCAGAAGGUCGUCCUCCGCCGCCUCCCUCCGGGCAUCACGGAGCAGGAGACCGUUUCCUUUCUCAGUGACGAGUGGAAGCCCGGUGGCGCCAAGGUCGGCUGGUUCUCGUUCCAGGCCGGAAAGAUCUCAAAGGACCCUGCGAAGCCGUCAAGGCCGUCACGUGCUUAUCUCCACGUGCUCAAAACCGAACAGGUGAUGGGACUGGUCGAACACGUCCGCAAUACGGAGUGGCUUGAUGCCAAGGACACCUCGGCCAGCUCCUGUCUGGUCGGCCCUCCCAUGUUAGAUAUCUCCAUCUACAAGAAGGUCCCCAGCGGCAAGGUCCGAGCAGACGCCCGCGCCGGCACGAUAGACCAGGACCCGGAGUUUAUGGACUUCCUCGAGGCUCUAGCCAACCCCAACAAAGAUCCCGAGGCCGACUACACGGCCGAGGAGGAUGAGAAGCUGAUCACCAAGGCUUCGUCUACCCCCCUGAUCGAUUACCUUCGCGAGAAGAAGGCGAACAAGGCCAAGGAAUCUGCCACAGGCAAGUCGGGCAAGCAUUCCCGCCACGAGUCUGGCACUGCCAAGGGCAGGUCUGCUGAGGACUCCAAGAAGAGGACCAAGGAUUCCAAGACGGAGAAGUCGACCGAGAAGCCGAGAGAGAACGUCAAGAUUCUCACCAAGAAGGCCGCCGUCGAAGCUGCCGCCGAGGCUGCCAACGCAGUCGCCAGCAAGAUCAUAGCCUCCAAGGAGAAGGAGGAGCUCACAAAGACGGGCCGACGGGCCGGUAUUGCCGCCGCCGCCCGGAUCCUGCAGAGAGAUCUCGGCCUCAGCCCUGGUAACGCCCAUCGCAGAGCCCGUCAGGAGGCAGCCAAGGCCGAGAGCGAGGUCAAGGAGUCAACAUCGUCAUCCGCCACAAAGGAAACGACUACAGCAAAGGAGAACGUCAGGGCAGCCUCCGCAGCCUCUACUACUGUCGCCUCUCCUACUGUCAGUGAGACUGCGACGGCGGCGGCGCGACCGUCGACCCCGACCACCCCCAAGGCCGCCGCUGGUAGCUCGCCGCGGGGAUCACGUGGCAAGAAGGGUGCGGCGGGUGAGAAAGAGAAAGGAGGAAGGGAAAAGAAGGGAGCGACAGACAGGUCGGGUGAGGCGUCAUCUGCUACGACCCCGAAGGUGCCUAUCGCUAUCCUCAAGAAAAAAGAUCGGGAGGAGAGCAAACAAGAAGCUGCGCCUCCAGCCAGCACGGCUAAUGUGACCGCUGAAGGCAAGGCAGCGGCUACAACCACGAACUCGGCGUCGGCGACCGCCAAAGCAGUACCCAACGGGCUCAAAGCAACCCAAGGGAAGGGUGCCUCGGGCUCUGGGAAGAAGGGUCGCGGAGAGGGCCCGAGUAACAACACGCCGAAUGUCAGCCCUGCAGCAACGCGAGCGUUUGUCAAGCACGCCAACCCCUCGCAAGGAGUCACCGAGGCUCUUCUCAAAGAGGCGAUGCAGGCCUUUGGCACCGUCACUUUGGUCGAGAUGGACAAACGCAAGGGCUUUGCUUACGUCGACUUUGCGGACCAUGACUGUCUGGCCAAGGCCAUCGCAGCCAGCCCAGUAUCUGUGGCCCAAGCGACGGUGCAGGUGCUGGAGCGUAAAGACAAGGAUGCGGCACCCAAGAGGGGCGGCGGUGGCAAAGACGCUGGUGCCACGCCUUCGUCUUCCAAGGCCGACGGCGCCAAGGGCGGUAACGGUUCCGGGGCUACCCCACCUUUGGGGCCUAAAUCUACGCCCACGGGACCCAAGGCAGAAGCCGCUGCCUCAGGCGCCGCGAGAUCGGCGACGCCGCCCACGGGACCUGCCGCAGACAAGGACAAGGCAGCAGGCGAGCACAAGAGGGGUGGGCGACGUCGUGGUGGAAGGGGCAGGGGUGGCGAGCCCAAGGAAAGCGGUAGCUCCAAAGCUGCCAGCGCGGGUGCCGGAGCAACGUCGACCCCGGCCGCGCCAUCUGCUGCUGCUUGAUUUUUAUGGCUGGCCUCAUUCGGACAAAAUUGAGGCCAUGAUGGGAAAUCCCACGAAAACCCGCGACGGCUGCCUGUAUCCCCCAUGUCCACUUUGAUCAAUGGACAGCCAGUUCCGCUCCGGCGGACCCUUGACCACUGGUUAUCUUUGUUGCCAAGCUUUGGAGACACAUUCGAGCGUGUUAUCCUGCACAAUGCUGUUGGCCAACCCCUGGGCAUGCGGCCAUGGUUCAGUCACAAACACGCCCCCUUGGCAUCACACCUGCAUCCACAGACCGUCGGGCCUCAAUUGCCAAUAUUAGGCCGCAUGUGGCUGGAUCGGACCAACCACGUCUCGAUCGCAUCAAGGUAUCGCCAAGACCUGCCCCUUUCGCACACAGUAGUGAUGGCGCAAAGCUGGGGUUAGCUUCCCCUCCUUGCCCUUGUCUAGAUCUCGGAAGAUAUAGGAGGAUUCGGGAAGCAGUGGCCCAUGCGGCCAUGACGCGGCCGGCUGGCGUGACGGUUCUGGAGACACAGGCCUGCAACGUGUGGGGGAGGGGACGAUGGAUUGUCAGAAAUGGAAGGUCACCUAUUUGAUUGCGGUGGUUUUUGGGUUGUAGUAGCUGCUAUUCUCGGGACAGGCUCUUGUUCUCGAGGGCAGAAAGGCUCGGCUUAACAAGUACCUUGGUACCAAAUACGUUCAAGAAGCAUCGGUAUUGCGACCUGACACGUCUCGGCUGUUGCUUGUCUAUCUA